CUUACGUUGCUUAGUCCACGCAUUAAAUUCGUCUCUGUUCCAGAAACAAAUUCCCCAUCUUCUCUCUCCCACACGCACGAAAAUGGUCGAGAAAGGAAAAAUGAAGUUUAGGGUUUUCUCGAUUCUCGUUCUUCUGAUUUUCACUUCGUCGUGUCUACAAGUUGUAAGAAGCGAAUCAGAACCAGAUCCAGAUGUAGUUGAAACUGACGGAGGAGAUCUUGGGAUCGUUGGAGAGGAUAUUCAAGAUUUUGGUGGUGGUAGUUUCAGUCCAGCUCCAGGAGUAGAAACAAUUUGUGUUUUCCCCAAAAACCCUUCUAAAUUGUUUGUGGCUGGGGAAGAAGGUGAACUUUUGGUUGGAAUUAAGAAUGAAGGGGAAUCAAGUGUUAAUAUUAUUGCAAUCCAGGCCAGUGUUCAUCUUCCCUUUGAUCACCAGUAUUUAGUUCAAAAUCUUUCCGCUCAGGCUUUUAACAACGCUUCAGUCCCUCCUUAUGCUCAAGCAACUUUCCCCUACAUAUUUGCUGUGAGCAAAUUUUUACAGCCUGGUGCAUUUGAUCUGGUUGGCACAAUUGUUUACGAGAUCGAUCAGAAUCCAUACCAGAGCACCUUCUACAAUGGAACAAUUGAAGUUACUGAGGCUGGUGGCCUGCUCAGUGUUGAGUCUGUUUUCCUGUUUUGCCUUGGAAUUGCCCUUCUUGGUCUUCUUGGAUUUUGGAUACGUGGCCAGAUAAAGAAUUUCUCAAAGAAAACAAAGAGGGCAUCGAAGGUGGAGGUUGGAACCGGGACUACCGAUGCCUCAAUGGAUGAGUGGUUGCAGGGAACUGCGUAUACUCAGUCUCAAUCUAGCAAAUCAAAGAAGAAGAAGUAAAUGAGCAUACUUGAACAGUCAACUCUAGGCAGCGGUACGAUGAGCAAUGAUUUUUGUAACACAGCUUAGGGAGCGCAUCUAUUUGAGGAGUAGCUCCAAUUACCUGCCUAACUGUUGUAGCAUUGGGAAGGAACUUUUACAUUUUUCGUUAGCGCAAUUCCUAAAAUUGAGCCAUUUUAUAUGCCGGACCAACUGAGAGUUGACAUAGAACACUGCAGUUUUGUUAAAACAUGACAAUGUUGUUAGAUUAUAUGCUCAUUUUGUCAAUUUUAUUUAUAUUCCUCUUUGGUAUC